AUGGCACCUAAAGAUAAGAAAAAGGGAAAGGGUCAACAGUUUGAUGACGAUGAUGACAUUGUCGAUAACAUCCCACAACCAGAUAAGAAGCAAGCAAAGCAACAGCCACAGAAGAAGGGAGGAAAGAAGAAUAGAGGUGAUGACAGUGAUGAAGAGCUGGAAAAGAAGCCUGUAGCUGCACCAGCACCAGUACAAAAUAAUAAGAAGAAAGGUGGCAAGCAGCAACAACACGACGAUGAUGAUGAUGCCGUCGAAGAGAUAGCCCUGCCACAACCAGCAAAGAAGGGUGGCAAGAAUGAUAAGAAGAAGGGUGGAAAGCAGCAGCAUGACGACGAUGAUGAUAUCGAGGACAACAUCCCACAGCCAGCAAAGAAGGGUGGCAAGAAUGACAAGAAGAAGGGCGGUGCCAAGCAUGCCGAGUCUGAUGAGGACGACGUCGAGGACCUCCCACAGCCAGUCAAGAAAGGUGGCAAGAAUGACAAGAAGAAGGGUGGCAAGCAUAUCGAGUCAGACGAGGACGACGUCGAGGACAUCCCACAGCCAGUCAAGAAGGGCGGCGCAGCCAAGAACGACAAGAAGAAGGGCGGCGCAGGUAAACAACAGGUCGAUGAUGAUGAUGAGGACGACGUCGAGGAUAUCCCAAAACCAGUCAAGAAGGGAGGCGCUGCCAAGAAGGACAAGAAGAAGGGCGGCAAGCAUGUCGAGUCAGAUGAGGAGGAAGAGGAGGUAGAGGACAUCCCACAACCAGUCAAGAAGGGAGGCGCCGCCAAGAAGGACAAGAAGAAGGGUGGCAAGCAACAGAUCGAUGAUGAUGACGAAGAGGAGGAGGUAGAGGACAUCCCACAGCCAGUCAAGAAGGGAGGCGCCGCCAAGAAGGACAAGAAGAAGGGUGGAAAGCAUGUGGAUGACGACGAAGAUGAAGAGGAGGUCGAGGACAUCCCACAGCCAGUCAAGAAGGGCGGCAAGAGCGACAAGAAGAAGGGUGGAAAGCACAUCGAGGAGGACGACGAGGAGGAGGAGGUCGAGGACAUUCCACAGCCCGCCAAGAAGGGUGGCAAGAAGGACAAGAAAAAGGGUGCUGCUGCCAAGCACGUCGAGGAGGAGGAAGAGGAGGAGGAGGUCGAGGAUAUCCCACAACCAGUCAAGAAGACCUCCAAGAAGGACAAGAAGAAGGGCAGCAAGCAUGCCCAAGAGGAAGAUGAGGAUGAGGUCGAAGAUGAGGAGGAGAUCCCGCAGCCAGUCAUGAAGGUCUCCAAGAAGGACAAGAAGAAGGGCAGCAAGCACGCUCACGACGAUGACGAGGAGGAUGAGGAAGAGGAAGUCACCAAGAAGAUGUCCAACCUCUCAGUUAAAGGAAAGAAGGGCAAGGGCAAGUCCAAGCAUGUCGAGGAGGAGGAAGAAGAGGAGCCCGAGGAAGAGCCUGAGGAGGAGGAGGAGAAUGAAGACGAGGAGGAAGAGACUCCAAAGCAAAUGACACUGGCAGAGAUCAAGGCGGCCAAGGCAGCAAAGAAGGCGGCCAAGCUGGAAGCCAAGAAGGUGAAGGCAAAGAAGAAGCGUGACGCUGAGGAGGAGGACCAGUUCGAGGAGCUCAAGAAGAAGAACGCCGUCGAGAUUGACUAUGACAACGUGGAUAUUGACGACAUCGAGGGCCGCAACCCACCCGACUUUGUCCAUUUGCGCACCAGUGCUGGCCUGCGCAGCCAGAUCGGAAACGACAUCAAGAUCGACAACCUCACCAUGUCUGUUCCAGGCAGGAUUCUGCUGCAAGGCGCCAACCUGACGCUGGCCUACGGCCAGAAGUAUGGUUUCGUUGGCAGGAACGGUAUUGGCAAGUCCACUCUUGUCAAGAAGAUCGCCAUGCGUGACGAGAUCACCAUCGCGCCACAUCUGCGUGUGCUCUACGUCGAGCAGGAGGUCGUCGGUGAUGACAACACACCACUGACCUGUGUGUUGAAUGCCGAUGAGGAGCGCACAUGGCUCAUGGCUGAGGAGAAGGAGCUCAAUCGUCUGGACAAUGAGAACCCAUCAUGGCAGUACGAUCCACGCGAGAAGAGAAACUACAACCUUCGUGACAUCUACGAGCGUCUGAAGGAGAUUGAUUCAGACAAGGCACAAGCAAGAGCAUCAUCAAUCUUGGUUGGUCUUGGAUUCACAUUGGAGGAGAUCUCUACUAAACCAUCGAAGGACUACUCUGGAGGUUGGAGAAUGAGAAUUGCACUGGCUAGAGCACUGUUCUGUAAGCCAGAGGUGCUGUUGCUCGAUGAGCCUUCUAACCAUUUGGAUCUGCACGCAUGCGUGUGGCUCGAGAAGUACCUGUUCUCAUGGGACAGGACCCUGUUGGUCGUGUCUCACGAAGCCACCUUCCUGAAUGAGGUCGUCGACAAUAUUAUCCACAUCCACGAUCAGCGUCUCGACCAAUACCGUGGCAACUACGACGACUUUGUCAAGCAGCGCGACGUGGCACAAAAGACCACGCUCAACAAGCUCGAGAAGCAGCAGCGCAAGAUGAAGAAGGAGAAGGACUUUAUCAACGCCAACAAGACCAACACAAACGCCAAGAUGGCAGCACAGCGCAAGAAGAAGCUCGAGAAGGUCGAGCUGGUCAAGGUGGACGUCGAUGACAAGUCGCUGGUGGUCAGCUUCCCCGAGCCCGAGAGCAGACUGACGCCUCCCCUGUUGCGUUUCCACAACGUGUCGUUUGGCUACCCAGGCCGUCCCGUCAUGUUCAAGAACCUGGAGAUUGGUGUCGACAUGGACAACAAGAUCGCCCUGGUCGGAAUGAACGGUGUGGGCAAGUCCACCCUCAUCAAGCUGCUGGCUGGCGAGCUGUCAGAGACCGAGGGCUACAUCGAGCGCAGCAGAAAGUGCCGUGUGGCUCGUUUCUCGCAGCACUUUGUCGACCAGCUCAACACUGAUCAGACGCCCAUUGAGUACUUCCAGACCAAGUUCAGCAACCCACCCAUCCAGAACAUCCGCAACCAUCUGGGUCGCUUUGGUAUCUGUAACAACCUGCCCCUGCACAAGAUCACCACGCUGUCGGGAGGCCAAAAGUCGCGUGUCAUUCUCGCCGAGCUGGCGUGGGCCGCGCCACACAUCUUGCUGCUGGACGAGCCAACCAACCAUUUGGACAUCGACGCCAUUGAGGCGCUGGCCGAGGGCAUCAACGAGUUUGAGGGUGGCGUCGUCCUCAUCUCUCACAACCAGCAUCUGAUCAACCUGGUCGCCAACGAGAUCUGGGUCGUCAAGAAGAAUGGCACCGUCACCAAGUACGACGGAGACUUUAUGGACUACAAGGCAGAGAUCUCCAGAGAGUUGGACAAAAUGGUCGUCAGAAGCUAA